CCGGGCAGCCGAGCCGCCCCGGCCCCCUCCGCGGCAGCGCUCCUUCCUUUACGCAUUCUCCUGUCGCUCCUCUCUGAGCCCGCGCACUUCUCCCCAGCUCCCUUUCCCACCGUACGGACAGGCAGCCGCAGGCUCCGGCUGCUUUCCCGAGGCACCGGGACGGACAGCAGAGCGGGAUGUCCCGUCCGCCUCCUCAGCCCCGCUCCCGCUCCGCCCCCGGCAGCCGGGCAGGACUCCAGCCAAGGCGGUGGAUUUGGGAAUCUGGGAAAACCGGUAAAUAUGGCAACGCACGUAACUGUUGUUAUGCUCUAAAGAUUUCAGUAUGAGACAGGCAUCUAGACAGCUCUUUCUGAGAUGUACUGCAAGUUUGUUUUUGUAAAAUCGAUGUGAUUCUUUCAGCAUUUGAAGUAGCUCUUUGAAGUGAGCUCCCUGAACACCAGGUUCGUUUGUGAAGAGCUGACAGGUGUCUCAUUGCACACACAGACACCAGGAGCUGCUUCCUUUCCCCGAGGUUACCUAAUCUCUAUGCUCCAGCUUUCCCUGGCAAACUUCUAGAUGAUGCUGUCUGUGGAAACUGUUAAAAAGGAAAACACAUAUACCUUUGUGGAUCCAGUUUGGAUAUUUUGUUUUGAAACCUCUUUAAGACCUGUUUUGGCAAAGGCCUCUGCCUAUGUUAAUGCACUUGAUAAAAUACAACACAAUAUGGAGGCCGGUGUUGUCCAUCUAACCUUGUCACCUCUUCAGUUACCAGUUUGUUGUGUUUCGCUUAAAUGCGUUUUUACUGAAGUGCGAUUUCACAGCCUCUGCUAAAUACAAAAUGACAGAUUCUCUGUGGCAUUUGGAAAGGAGACAGCUCCUCACACUGAAACUGCAGUGGUGAGUGCUGCAGCCCCAUUCCUCCAAGGAAUGAUCUUAAAAUCCUUAUAUUUCCUUCUCUAUUGCUUGACCACCUUCUUCCUCUUUUCCAAUGCAGUUGCUAUUGUUUUCGUGUUGAUGAUACUCAGUGCUCUGUUUGCUUUUUUGGCUGGAAAGAAGGUAAUUGUUUUCUGAAUCCAUGGGCAUCCACAAGCAGUAUCACCUAAAUUGUGCUUACUUGAGAAGAAGAAUGGACACAUGGGAACAUAUGAAAUUUUGUCACAGCAAGUUUGUUGUGACAAACUUGUUUAUUAUUUGUGUAUUAACACAAACUUAGCAGCUCUCUUGAGGAUAUUUGAAUGAUGGGACAAUAACAAGAAAAAGACAUACAUGACAGGUAUAACAUAAAAGGCCCUCUGGAUAUAUUUUAUAAUGCUCAACACGCUUGCCUUAUCUGAUGAUGUUUGAGUUUCCACAGAAAUUGCUUUAAGAGUAAGGGAAGAAUUUCGAUUUUUCUCAAAUCUAAGAGCUUCUAGGUGUCUGUGAUACAACAAUGCAUCUACAAUUCCCAUACCAAUAUUUAAUUUUUCUAAAUAAAAAAUCCCCAUCAUCACAGAAAAGAUUCUUAUCAAGGUCGGGAUUUGACAAAGACAAGGAACAAAGGCUUGAAAAGGAAAAUUUAAAAUAUUAUCUUGACAUCUUGAAAAUUUAUCAAUAUCCUGAAAACAGCUUCAACCACUUGCGAGGACCUGUGGGAAAGUAAGAGAAGUUUCCUUGAGUCUGAGGCUUACAGAGAGCUUCCUCCUCCGUCUUGGAGACAGUGUUCCUCUGAGUGACGGCAUCAGAAGGAUGGGUAGGGCUAGCAAGGAAACAUGGACAUACAAGAUAUGCAAGAUUUGUUUUAUCAACACUGUGCACAUAUCUUGGAGAGUGAAAGAGCCGCUCUAACCUUGUAAUCUCUCAUCCCAGUCAGAGUGGCUGUGCUUUGGCUAACUUUGUGCAGCAAAUGGAGAAGGAAAACUGUUUCAACCACAGCUAUACCAAUACUGGAAAAUAUUCUGGUUCACUUCCAAAAUAAAGCUAAACCAAGGCCCACCCAAGGGUAAGACCCUGUUUAACUAUAAAAUCAUCCUUAGGCUGGAACCCACAGAGAAGGAUCCGCAUUACCAAUUCCCACCAUGGCUAAAGGGACUGAAGACACUUGGUAAAGCACAGUACUGGGCCCAUAGGCAAAAAAAAUCAAACUUUAAAAUAAAAACUUAGGCAACUCUUUCCCCUGUUUUUUAUCUAUGGAACACAUUAGUCUAGAAUUAAAGCAAUAACCUGUUUCAGAAUUCAGUGUCCAAACCAUCAGAUAACUGGAACUUCUGGGCUUCUUCCCUUGUAAAAUAGCAUGCAAAUUAAAUCUGAAAUGCCUGUAUUUUAUAUAGACUACAUUUUAAAUGCAAACAUGUAUAAAAAUACUAUGAUGUACAAAACUCCAGACAGCUAUCCUUAUGCUAUGCAUCAAUUCCAGAAAACAACUGGAAAUCCCUUGGAAAGUUUGAUGUAAUUACAUCUGACUGUAAAUCUUUAACUGUUUUAAGAUACUCAGGUGACCUAAAUAGCAUUACACAGAAUUUUAAUUUAAAGUUAUUAAGACAGAGUAUUUGUCUCAAGAUCAGUUUCUCUGAGAACUUACUGCUCAGAAAAGUUCUGUAUGCCUUGCUCUACAGCCAUAAUCUUUGUAUUCCCGCAUUGUAAAUACUCCAUGGUAAACUGCAAUGGAAACUUGGCUUAGCUCAACUUCUCCUGGCUCUGUGGUGCCGCUUCUUGGUUAAGAAAAUGGAUCUAACUGUCAGUUUUUGUCAUCUGUGCUUUACUUUAGAGCUACAUGUGUCCACUGCUAGUUUAAUUCUCUUCAAUGCGAAUUUCUGUCAUGCUCAAAGAACUCAUUACAGGCAAAAGGGAUAUGUUGCCAAUUGUCAUUUAAAAUGUCUUGACCAAACAACUUUCAAGAGUUGUAAAUGAAGAUGAUGGAACAUCCUGCCAGCAAUUUCAAUGAGGUUUGCUUGAACCAAGUUGCUCCUUUGCUCUGGUGUUGUGCCAAGCCAAGUUGUCUGAGCAUGGCCUAACGCUGCCCUUCCUGGAAUGGCUGGCAUUCACAUAUAUUAGCUUGCUUCACUUAUAUUAGACGGGAGGUGUGAUGUCAUUAAAGCAUUGAAUUUAUUAUACAGUAGUGGAGAUCAGCCACAUUAUUCAUGUGCAAUGGGUGCCUGUUCCUUUGCUAUUUUCUCAGGGGUUCUAGAAAUUUGAAGGUAAAAUUGUGAUGCCUCAAAAUAACACCCUAAGGCAAAAAUAUGGUUAUUGUGAAAAUUGCUUGUAGAGGGUGUUCAUGAAGUUAUAGUUUGGAUUAAAUCUUUUGAACUUACCCUUAAUUUAAGGUAGUUAUAAAAAGCCAUAGAGUUGUUUUCUGGAAUUAGGUAACCACAACAAUAUGAGCCUCCAGCAAAACUGGGCAAUCACUACCCUAAACAAAGGUGUGUAAAAAGUACAGGCAGCAAACUGGAGCUGGGAAGAUAUGACAAGAGGAGAUGAAGAUAGCAGGAUGGGGGCAUUAAUGGUGUGAUCUUGAGGACACAGAAAAACAUCUGAAAGCCAGAAGAGGCCUGGGAUUAUGAUGAAUUUGACCAUCUCAAGUUAUUUGAUUCUUUAUAUAUGUGAGGAAAUAGAAUUCUAUGCUUUUCAUAAUAAAUAAAAACAUGAAAUUGUACUCUCAAUUUCUUCUUUUAACAAAGCAUACAGUACACCAGCAAAUUUUCUUUAAACUCUGAAAUAAAAAAGGACUAAAGGUAUGAAUUGCAUCAUCAUUCUUGUGGAGACUGCAUUCAACAGCAUUACUGGACUGACAAGCAGAGAUAACAUCUUAGCUAACCUCCAGAUUCAGUCAGCCAUAAGCACAUUGUGAACCUCUUUUUUCUACCAAGUUGAUGCUAUUUUUAAAAAAAACCCACAUACAGAUUAUUUUCAAAUGAAGACAUUUAAGUGUAGCGUUUCAUUAAAGAAAAAAGUGACAACAUAUACUUUAGCUUUCUAUUUCAUCUUAAAUCACAUAACUAGAUUAUUGCAGUAUUCUUUAAAUUCAGAAGUCCCUUUCUGAAGUGGCAGCGAAAAUAGCUUUUCUCGUGACUGUUUAACUUCUAAGAAAGCUACUUUUUUUUCCUCUUUUAUGUCAAUCCUUCCCAUGCACUGUCAUCAUUUUACCAGAGUAAUAGUCUAUUUUCUUUCCUUCUUUUUGCCUUUCUUCAGUAUUUUCUGUAGUUUCCUUCACUAAGGGAAAAGUACUUGAUCUUGCUGAUCAGGACACAACUGCUUGAACAGUGGAAGUUUUGGGAGACAAUUGUAAACUAAGACUAAAGAACUGAGGGGCAGAUCCCACAAACUUAAAUGUCUAGAGAGCGAGUAGGUUUUGAAGGUGGGCUUUUCCUGUGUAGAAUAGUGGACAAAUGCUGUAUCCAUAUUUACAGAUACUUGCAUUUGAUUAAGGCUAUGUAAAAAACCAGAUAAUAUGAGGGAAAAAAAAGUCAAAAAUAGUUUGAAGACUGGAGAAAAAACCUUUGUGGCUGAAAAGUUCAAUAUGAGUAACUUAACAAAAUGGGCAUCAUUACAGAAUAUACACACUCAUGCAGGUAUUCAAAGCAAUCAGUUAUGAUGGUGAUCUAAUGAUCUUUUCUGGCUUGGAAAACAUGACUUUAAAGGAAAAUAGCUCUGCUUUGAAAGUGUGGGCUACCUUGUCUGUUUAUUGCCAAUGGGUUCAACAUGGCAAGGCCUGCCCUACACCUGUUCUGGAUGGGUAUUCAUGAAACUACAGAACUCAAAACAAUCCCAAAGAAAAACUGCUUGUGGCUGCUUUCUUGCCUGAAACUUUGGAUUUCUGGAGAGACAUCAUAACCACUCCAGGAAAGUUUGGUGUUUAGGGAAAACUAUAGGAUAUCUAACCUGCAACUCCAGACAUCAAGCCUGUCAUUAGUUUAGAGCCAAGCUUUUGAGAGUUGUUCAAAAGGAAAGAAAACUGCCUGUUGGAAGAGGAGCUCAAACCAAACAAGGGAGCUGUGUAGCACCAUAGGCUUUACCAUGCUGAGCUAUGCUUUUGUGGGACAAUGGGUUGAAAUAAUGAAUAAUAAAAAUGUGCCUCUGCCAAAAUUUUUCAGCAUUCUUUAAAUGUGGGAUUUUUUCUACACUUUUAUGAGAUCUUCCUCUGCUUCAAAAGUUUUCCUGCUGCUCUAGAAUUGACACCAGAUAAAAACCAUAUUUAGUGUUAGUUACUAAAGAAACAUGAAGGAUAAGUGUCACUCUCAGUGGACAAAAUCAGCUCUUGUGGUUCAAGAACCAAUGCACAAGGAAAAAGGAUGGAACUGCUGUUAUUGAAAAGCUUCACUCAAGUCCAAAGAUGCCUUGUGUUUAGGCUGUCUGGAGUCUUCACCUAUUCUGUGACAGUCUCAGGGCAAAAUUAGAAACACAGCUGUGCUCCAGGCAAGAGCUGCACCCAUGCCGAUAUGUUUGGAAGCUGAUGAUAUGAUGGAGGUGUAAUGUCAGUCUGAAAGCAACAAAGUGAGCAUUAGCAACAGAAAACUGCAAGAGAGAGCUUGAGAGACAAAGUUCAUGAAUUGAACGGUUUUGUAAAGUAAGUUUUGUAAAAUGCUAUGCAAACUUUGCUUCCUGUUCAUUCUACUGAGGUGUCACAGGGAAAUAUCCUCUAUGUUUUCUUCUGACCCUCUGGCUUUCCUCAGUGUACCGUAGUGCUGGGAUAGCCACUUUUUUCUCAUCCUAAAACCUCUGUCAUUGACCUUGAUGUCAUUUCUUUAAACACCAUUUCUAUGAUUCUCUAUAAACUUCGCAUCUUUUAUUCUAAGGUUCAGUGAAAUGGCUGUAGCAGUGUUGUAGCUGUGGAGACAGGAGCAGCAAGGUUUGAACAGUUAAUAACCAGAAAUAUUGUGAAGAUAUGCAGAUGAAGUGAGAGAGUUGGUAGACUGCAACAUGGGAAAACAGAAAACAGCCUCACUACUGCUUCUGUUUGAUUUCAAGGCAGAGACACUUUUCAUAGCUUUCGCUAUGGCUAUCAGCUUUUUUUUGUAUGCUAUUUAAAUCAAGGCAGUAGAACUAUAUUGUGUUAAAAAAUAGAGAUAAAUAAGAACACAAAAACUAUUCAUUGUAUAUGAAGAGUAAAUGUAAGAUCUCUGAAUUCUGCAGCAGAUAUCUUGCUUGGCUCUUUGUUGUUUAAUAUAACUCGUGUAAAUAAAAACAGGAUUAGGAAAGUCACAUGCAAAUAUAACAAAUGGUGGCUCUGAGUUGAAUUAAAGGCAUGAAUUAAUUUUCUUCUAUCUCAUGCAUCAUUAAAUAUUGCUAUUGUACUGUCUACUGUUUAUCUAUAUUAUACCUGUCACCUGAUAGCAACCACGGUCGUUAUGGUAAUGUCAAGAUUAUAAUUAUAGUCCCUUCUGCAGUGUAGUCAUACUAUGCUAAAAAAAUCCUUGAAAUGGUAGUGGCCCAUGCUUGGUACCAGCAUAAACACAAAUACAUUUUGAGAUUGUUGAGGGGAAAAAUAUUUUGUUACUUACAUAUACUUACGUGUACAUAUAUGUGUAUGUAAUUGCAAAAUAUGCAGCCUUUUAAACUAUGGGUUUACUUCAUUUGACAUAAACCAAACUUGCCAGAACUUCUUAUCCCUUAAUGAACAUCCCUUCAGCUGAGUUUGGUAAUUUAAGAUAUUAAAAAAAUGCAGUUAUUGCUCGUAGAUCAGAGAAAUCCUGUGAAAGCUUGUUUGGCAGUGCAUGUCAGUGUGUUGAUUAGCCUGUACCCUUGUGCAGCAGAACACAGGGUGCCUGGGGUGUUCCAGCUGUUCCCCCAAGGUCACUACCCUGUUGGACACUAGUGACCUCUGAUGCCCAGAAGCUAGUCUAGGAAUCAGAGCCAGGACUCCUGGGAGACAUAUGUUUGUGAGGCUGCAGGUUGUGGGUGGUAGAUAGAGUGUGUCUUCCCAGAGAAUAAAAUAGGUGACCCCACUUCAGAGAAUAGUCUGAUUUCUGUAGAAUGUAAGGCAGAACCAUGAGAACAAAUUUUAAGUCAUUAUGUGGUAGCUUCUUCAGAUUUAUUAAUACAGUUAGCCUAUUUUCUUUUAGAUUCAGGAGACAAUUUUCAUUUAAUUAUGAAGAAAAAAAUAUUGUCUCAUCUCCUAAGAAUACAAAUGUAUAAAACAGUUCUCUUCCCAAAUGUAAAAAUGCUCUAGGGCAACCAUAUCGAGGAAUCUGUAUGAAUGCAGCUCGUGGAACAAAUAGUUACUUACUACAGUUGCAAAAGGCCACAACUACUGAAUCCCUCUAACAGCUGCACAUUUAUGCCACCUUUACACAUUCAGUAGCCCAUUUAUCCUUAUCUCUUCACAGACUUAAGGUGGCUUAUACAGAAAGGAAUAAGGGCAGUGGAAUUUCAAUUAGUUUGUUAAUUAUUCAGGGAUUAAGGCCUUAUUAUACCUUAAUCAUUUAAGAAGUGUGUUUGAUUGGUAGGAUUUCAUGGGAAAUCUUUAUUUUGACAUUCAUUCUGAAGUAAGUGAAGACUUGGCUGUUUUAGUACUAGGCAUUAAUAGCAGAAGUGCGUGUAAUGGUGCCAGCUGAGGAAGCAAUCCAUGCCCACAGGACACAGCAGGAAAUACCUAUCCCUCCUAGCAGUAACAAGCACAUCAGUGAAUUAGAAAGAAAGAAAUAUUAAGAAAACUAGAUUAGAUCUUAUAUAGUCCUGGUCACCAGAAGCUGCCAAGGACAUGAGUCAGACCCAGACAUGGAAGAGACUUUAACUGUUCUACUACUGCGGCCCUUUUUAUGAGGUUGCACCUUUGUUAAGGGGACUGGAUUUGUUGUGUGCUUGCAUAUAGGGAGGUCCUGUGUGUAUUGCAAAGGCAAAUGAAACCCAGGCAUCUUUAAGGGGGUCUCAGAUUCCAGUUGUAUACAAGGAAAUCCAUUACACACACACACACACACCCUGCAUCACGUGAAGGAAAAGUUACGUUCUCUAGCCAUUUUCCUUUCUUGGCAACUCAGGGAAUUUUCCAAGUCUUUUCACAUAUUUCUUGUGUGAAAGCAGAGAUUUUUCUUUAAGAGACAAAUGCCUUCAGCAAUGUGAGAGGAUUUAGCCAUGCCAUCCUUGAUAUCCUGGGAAGUGAGCGUUAGUAUUGGUACAGUGCUAGAGCUUUUGCAAAGGCAGUGGUAGCUUGCCUAGGCCAUCAGGAUGGAUCUUCAUUUUCCAUUUUCAAGGGAAGCAAUAAGACCUAUUCCGAAGGAAAAUGCAUACUUUUGUCUCACAUUUUUUGAUUGGAUGAUCAAAGAGGAGUUUAUUGUCAGGCUCCCCUUAUUCAGCUGUAUGUCUAGACAAAGUCAAGACUAACCUGACCAUUUUUUCUGUUAACAAUGGUUCCCUGGCCCUCCUUUUGCUACAUCACAGAACUGUGUUCAGCACAUGGAAUUACUGUGGUCAGGAAAAGAGAAGCUAGAUGGCACUAUGGUCCAAAGGGAUCAUGUUCUGCUGGUGAACAGGAUGAAGCUGUGCAAGUCAUCUGGUCUAAAAAGCCUCUAGAAUUUAAUAGAUAUCAGCAACAACAGGGUCAGAAUUCCUGAAGUGGAAUUAGGGAGAGAACAGGCUUUCCACUGAUACAAUUAAUUAGCUUUUUAAAAAUAACACUAACAGGCUUAAAUGUAAGCAUACAGACAUGAAAGAAAUUGCAGAUGUAAAAUGCCUUUAAGAUUGCCUACACAGAUAAAACUGUGAUAAAUAGCUUGUGCAUCAUUGCCGCAACAUAACUUAAAGGUAUUUGUGUUUUUUAAACGUAUACUCUGAUAUUUCUGUUCAAAUAUGGUAUUAUGUAUGGAAGUAGAUAAGCUAUGUACUGCAUGUCUGCAGUUACAGGAAACCAACACACUCAUCUGAUUUGGUCAAGAAAGCUAGAGGGGAAAAAAAAUACACCCUAAAGCACUCAUUAAAUUUUCCUUUAAAGAUUUUUUUAAGGAUAGAGGUGAAGGGACCUGCACUGCCAAAGCAGAAAUUUCGUUCAAGCAAAUAUCUGGGGUAAUUACUGUAAGACACUCAUUAAGUUAUCUUUAUAUGCAUAAAAAUAUGUAAAAUUUUUAUGUGUAUUUUUUAUAUUUGUAUGUAUUUAUAGACAUAAAAUAUACAUAUUCUCACUAUGAUAUGUCAGUUUCCCUGAUCUCAGUUUUUAGAGCACAAUUAUUUUUUACUAGUUUUUAGUUAAGUAAUAUAUGUAAUUCCUCCAUUUGUGCUUUUAUCAGAAAUGAAAGUUAGACAAGAUAAUAUUAAUAUAGUUUUUAUUAAAAUUAUAAGGCAAUCCUAACCGGUAAUUACUAUUUAAGAUAAAAGUAGGCAGUUUAGGCUUAAGAAUUCCUUAGAAGAAUGUCAAAGUUAUUAAAACACAAAACAAAUAAACAAAAAUAUCCGUAAGCUUUGGAAGGUUGGGGAGGUCUAUUUUAAUAGUGACUUUAAAGAAGAUCUCAGCAUUUGAAAGUAAAUAAAACCCAGUCAGCCAAACAACUUUGCAUCUGUAGUAAAGCCAGCCUCUAGGCUUUUUCAUUAGUAUCUUUUGCUUAUGCAAUGAAGGGGCCUGCAUUGCAGCAUGCAAUGUUUGAACCAAGAUCUUUUGCUGAAGAAAGAGUACUUCUUUUAGAGGAGUUCAAUAGUUGUUGGCUCAGAGGUGAGGGAUUGCUGUAAAAGUUACACAAAUGUGCAUCUGUCACAAAACAGAUGCAAAAAAUAACUGAUUUAUUAGUAUUUUAUCAUGGCAGAAGGUAACCAAAGAAUACCAUGCUGUUCCUUCAGAGUUCAGUAUGUCAUUAAUGUGACAGUAAGAGUCAUGGAUGAGCAUGUCACUAAUUUGGAAAUGCUAGGAAAGCUACAAUGUGAGUAGUUGCUAGGGAGGCACUUGAGGAACUCCUGGGAAACCUGCAAAAAAAGGAUGAGCAAGAUGACAUUAAAAACUCGAUAUAAUUACAGAAUUUUAAUGCUUACACAUUUGCAAAAUAACAUAGGAAGGUCAGUGAAGCCAAUUCAUAGAGCUGCAAUCCUACCAGGACAGUGUUAAGGAACAAGCAGGAAAACAAAUAGAGCAGAGGAGUAGGAACAAAGAGGAGAAAAUGGGCUCGGAAGGAAUGGAGAGCAAGACACCUACUUGGAGGUGAAAAUGAGAUAAUGGACAGUCAAUACUGUCAAGAAAACAGGAAGUUUAUCAGAGAUGCUUCAAGAGAAGCUAGAAGAGAGGCAAUCAUCUGUAGACAGAAGGCAUAGUGGAGGAAGUUCAGAAGUUUGUAAAAAGUGUGCAGAGAAGUAGGUGCAUAUUAGUGGAAUUGCAAAUUCGAAGAACCUAUUAGAAGGCUAUUAGAACAACCAGUAGUAGCAAAACAAAUAUCCCUUAGACUAGCAAAUAGUGAAAAAUCAGUUACUUUUUACGUAGCACUCUGUUUAAAAAUAAGAAAAAAAUUAAUUUAACAGAAAUUAUUUUUGACAUCUUCCUUCCAUUUCAAGAUACACUGAAUUUGCCAGCUCCUGCUUUAUUGUUUAUUUGAUGAUUCAGGAGUCCUUUUUAGCUCCUGUGUUUCAUAUCAGUGUGCUGGGAGGACAUACUUCAAGUUUAAAUGGGAAAAAUGAUGCUUGCCAAGAGAUGGAAAACAUAAAAAGCCCCCAUCACCAAAAUGGCUAACUGAAAGGAUUUAGGAAUAAAAUUUGGAAGAAAUUAUAACAAAUUAAAAAAAUCUUUUCCUUCUCUCAACAACAUGUGAAAAACUCUAGUUCCAUUUGGAAACCUACUUGUUGAUCUUCCUGUUGGCAUCAAAUACACGGAUGCCGUAGGUUACUCAAUAGGUACUACCAUUCUUCCAGCUUAUAUUAAGACAUGGCAGAUCAUGAGCCUUGUCCUUAAUUAUGGAUGGAUUACUGCUGCUUUAUUAAACACCAGCCUUUAUUUUGUAUUUUCUUCUUUUUUCAUUUCUACGGGAUUCACACAUUUUUUUUUCCUUUGUGGGAACUCUACCAUGCAGUUUUCCAGUUGGCUCUGCACUUUGGCGAACUGAUGGCAGGUUUCAGCCUUCAAAAUCCCUAAAAGCUACAGUAGGGCUGAGGCAGUACUGGUGCAGCUGUGAGUUUUGCUAUGUGCUGUGUCAGCAACAAGGAGCAGAACUGUCCACAGACCAAUAUCUGACCUAACAGUGCUUCUGUGUUUUUUUUUGUUUUUUUUGCCAUUCAAGUGCUUUCUGUGUAGAAUUCAAGGAAACUCACGUUUUGUUUUUUUCUGAUGAUGUGUCAAAUCCUUUUAAAGUAGUGUGGAUGUUGGCUGAACCUUCUGCAGGUUCAGUCUUUAAUGGCUAAACUGAUUGGAAGCCAAGGAGUUCUCCAAUGUCUAUUAUAAGUCAGGGGUCAUGUUGUAUAUGAAGCAAAAUACACAUAUAGUGACAGGAAGCAGAGUUCUCCCUAUGUUUUAAAUAAACAAUAGCAGGUCCAACUUCUAGUUAUUGGUGAUAGGAAGAUCUUUGUUCUGUCAGAUUUCUGUUUCCUGUGACACUCUGUAAGGUACAUGUCAUUCAUGUUUGCUGGUAUUAUUUGUAUUUUCUAAAUGUGUGAUGCAGCACAUUCUUAAAAAUAACCAUCAACUUUGUGUUUGUUUUCCAGAAAGUGCUGAUACUAAAUAAAGUACUAAUUUUGGAUUGCAGCAGCAGCCGUAAAACAGGCACACUCAGCAAGAAAUCCAACAUGACUGUUUUUUGGAUUUAGUGUCAUAGGUAAACUGAAGAAAGCACAAGUUGAUAAAUUCAAUGUACUUUAAGUCUGUAUGUUUAAAAAUAAUUGUUCUAAAAAUUAAUAUAUUUUUUAAAAUUGCUUAUCACACAUUGAAACUGCUUAUUUUACUUCACUAUCCUUGGAUGAAUUUAUCCACAAGAUAGUUCAUCAAAACAGUAUAUUUUAAGGGCAAUAUAUUUGUAAAAUGCUAAAAGUAAUAAGAUAGUUAAAUUUUGGCUGGUGUCUCUUCACAGGAAGUCCAAACAGGGUCUAUGAAAUAGUCCUAGAGUGAAAACUGUGAGUUUUCUGGCAAAAGACGCAGACAGUACAUGAAAAUAUUAAGGGUCUUAAUUUCUUAAGGGUCUUAAAUGAUCUGAAUUAAGAACAAUUAUUUAUUACAAUGAAGAUAAUUUCUGAGCAAUACUAGGAGUGCAUUAGAAAAUGGGAUGUUGAAUAGGCUCUUCAUUGGCAUGGCAUUUUGCACAGUACUAAUUUGAAGAGCAGAUGAGAUUUUCAAAUAGUUAUUAUAAAUACAUUUAUACUGCAAUAGUCACUUCAAAAUCACUCUUCUGCUUAAAAAACCAGCUUCUGCCAAAUUAAUUUGUUUAGCAGUCUUGGAAAGCACCAAAUUAAUGGUGUUUGUUUAUUUUAAUCAUCUGUGAAUAUUUGCUGCAAUAUGCCAUUUCAAAUUACAAAUUCCCAACACUGGCUCAGUAUUUGCAGAGACACCCUGACUUAGUUGCCCUAAUUCAUCUAGGGUGUGUCUUCCAGGCUGCCUGCUGAAGAGGGCAGGCUGGAGAACAGAGUAAGAGCUGAGGUCAAAGACCAUUUUUCUUCUUGCCUCAGUUUGGGAUGCAAACCCAAGCCUGCGACUGCAUUUGCAGGUAAAGGGACAGCUUGUGGAAAGCCACACAUCUCUCUUUUCAUCUCCUAUCAAAACUCUUAAUGUUGCUGGCUGUUGUAAUAGCUUAUGUGCAAGUGCCCCCAGCCUGUCUGCCCAAGGACUAGCUGCAGCUUCUGCAAUUGCUCCUCACCCACAAGCCACCUGCCUCGGAGCAGUAGCCUUCCUUCCAAGGCCAACUGCAUGAGGGAAGGACUUGCCUGUCACUCUUUUUUUUUGCCUUUCUUCUUUCUCUGUUUUCUCUCUGAGAGUAAGCUUUGACCAGUAAUGCUGCUCUAAACUGCAAUCCUUCUGUUAUGAGCAGGAAUGUCUAAAAACAGCUUGCUGCAGCACAGGUGAGGACUAGGGAAAAAAGGCAAGAACAUUCAUAACCAGUGGAGCGAGGCAGAGUAAAGAGCCUCCCCUCCAUGCACCUGGUGUGCUGUCUGCAGCAUUUGCAUGAAGCAGGAGUUGAUUUGACCAGGUACAUUCCUUUUCCUUUUCUUUCUGUUGUAGUCUAGACUUGUGAAAUGCAAGAGUUAUUCCAACAAAAAUUAAAGAAGGGUCCAAGAGCUGACAGAGAUUAGGUUUUUACUGAGAAAGAAUAGCUAUAAGCAGGAUAUAGAGGCCCCUGCAAAUCUCCACAAAAUAUCAGGAAUUUAGAAGACUUUUCUGUAUUCCUAAACGUUCAACUCCAUCCAUGACUAGGGUAUUAAUUUUACCUUUUAUAUUUUGGAGUAAUAAUUAAUGGAUGUGGGGGGAAAUUCCAUUUCCUCUCUUUUACAAGGGUAUUUCCACAGCUUUCAAACCUUCAUUUAACAGCUGUCUGCUCUAGUACAUAUGUACAAAACAUUUUCAGAACUAUUAAUAUGUGAUUGCUAUAGUUAAGGUUUGCUAAAGAUUUUUUACACAAAGUCUCUGAGUUCAUUGCUUAAUGCUCCACCGACUAAGGGGAGUGUUUCUAGCAUUUUGACACCUUCAUUUACCAUUCUUAUUUAAUGAUUGUAAGGACUCGUUUAGCAAAACAUUUAAGCAUAUAUGAGAGUUCAGUUACGUAGUUAACUGGAGCUAAUACCCUCACUGAUAUUAUGUAGAUAUUUCAGUAUUUUGGAGAACUAAUAAUAAGAAAUACACCUGCGAAGUAACAUCUAAAUAUUCUUUUCAGUUUUGAGAGUGUGCAAUGUGCUGAGAGCCUACACUGAACUUAGUGUGAAGAGUAUUAAGAGUAUUUUAAUCCUAUUUUUUGUUUCAUUUCAUAAAUAUCACGUUUUACCCAUUUUCUUUCCUUCUUUUUUAUUCUCCUGUAGAAAGUUUCAGUUUUGAUAUCUCGGAAUUUUUUUUCAGCUUUCUAAGUAGGUGGGGGCAUUUCCAACAAGAUAACCGAAAAAAAAAGAAUAGUAGGAAAUCUUAGUUUAAUUAACUGAUUUUGUACAAAUGAACUAUCUGGAAUGACAGAGCAGGAACUAGGUGGGAAAAGAACAAUGGCAUGAUUACGCAAUACUAAGAAGUAAUGUAGGACUAGAUUUGGAAAGGAUUUGGAAGCAAAGAGUUUGAGAAUUUAGCUAGUAUUGGAAGUUAUAAGGCAUGUAAACAGGUUAAAUGCCCGCAAAUAUCAUGCUAUAAAAUAUCUUUCAGUUCUGCUAAUUUUAGCUAUCAGAGCAAUUGCAGGCUACAUUCAGUAGUGCCUUGAACCAUUAAUGGCUUUUGAAAAAGUAGUGAUCUUGCUAACUCUUUCCAGGUACAAGUGAGAAAAGGUUUACAAAGGAGUAAGAGAGGUGUCUGGCAUGCUGGCUGUAAUUUGGAAUGUUAGAAAAUGGCUCUCAGAAAGGCAUAUUGGAAAAGAAAUGAGAGCAUUUAGCAUGAGAUCUUGAGAGGACUCGAAAAAGAUAUAUAUAUGGUGAUAUAAAACAUGAGAACUGUCAGUGUAGAAAAGAGUCUUUAAAGAAAAUAAAGGCAGAAUUUUGAAAUUACCCUCUCAGAAUGGGGAAGAGAAAAUAAAUAUGCAAAGGAAAACUGGGUGUCCUUUAAUGUAUAAAGGUGCAGGUGAUUUCAUAAUUAAGGAGAAAGAUCGUGAAACUGAACAACUGAAAAUAGGAUGAAAAAUUAAUUACCAGAAAGAAGAGUUUCAAAGUAAUUCUUAAUUUACUGAUAACUGAAAAGAAAUUGAAAGAGGAGAGCCCAGGUACUUAAAGAGACACUACUGUAAGAAAGGUUCAAAAGUUUUACAUGCCUGAUGUGCCUGUAAAUGCUAGCACUUGCAACUCUUCUACUACAGGAGAAUUGUAGAAUUGUACAAUUUGGUGUUGUACAGACUUGGAAAGAUAAAAUGACAGAACAAGGUACCUUUGGCAGCAGAUUGUCUUCAUCAUUCUAGGUUAGUGCUGUUUUCAGGGACAAAAGUGCUGAAAAAUUGCCAGGAACCAGAGGAUGCUAAGGCAAGUGAUAAUCAAGAAGGAAGUAUAGAAAUGUGGUAGUGAAGCAGGAAAUAUUUUAAGCACCUUUGAGUCUGAUAACAGUUUUAUAUACCUGGAGAACUAUAUGCUUGUGAGUAGAUCUUGCAGGUACUUCUCAAACAUAGUGUGUGAAAUGUUUCAGUGCUUUGCACAGGAGGGCUUCCUCACCAACAUAACUUGGGGCAUUUGCCAUUGCAGUACUGCAAAACUGCUUGGCAGAGAGGGAACUUCCCAAGGAUGAAUUUCUCUUUGUAGCUGUUUUUUCAUAAGAUACAGAGUCUUUGCAUGUUUGUGCUUGUUAAAUAUUUAUACUGUGACUCCUUACUCUCCACUGCAUGAGACCAUCAGCAUACUUGGAAGGCAUUUCUGACUGUCCAAAAGGAAGAGAACAGAGGAAAUUACUGUGAGAGCAUGACCUACCGUUGUCUGUAUGUCUGAAUAAGAAAAACUAUGUACGUAUUCACACAAUGACAAAGAAGCCAUUGGGGAUCAGCCGUUGGUAAUUUUAUCAGGAAGGAGCUCUAUUAAUGUGCAUCAAUCUGUCGAGCAGCUGUUAGGAAACCUAUUACUGUGGGCUGGUUUACUUUUUCUGGGUAAGUUAGAGCAUUUAAGAGAAAAGGAAAUUUAGAAAGGUGAUGUUGAGCUUCUGCACACUACUGACAAAUUAUACUAUUAUGCAUAAAAUUGUGUAUUUAGUGAACAUGUUAAAAGGCAGACUUUUUUUUGCCAUUAUAUAAUGUAGGCCACUGUGCAUGGGACAUCUAACUGGGAAUGAUUGGUAGCACAAGUAGUUGAAGCAUAGGAUUUUUAAAUGAGCAAAGGUUUCUCUCAUACCAUAGGCCACUCUGAGUUUGAAAAUUGAGAUUAUAAUAGUAAUUAUAGAAUCAGUAAGGUUAGAAAAUACCUUGAAGAUCAUCAAGUCUAACCUUUGAAUGUUCUGGAGCUUUCAAGACUUCCAGAGUAUAUACUUUUGUGUGUUUGUCGUAAAUAAAUCUUUUUAUGGUAACUAAUAAUAUAAAGUUAUCUGAUAUUAAACAGGCUCAAUUCCAAUAUUUUCUUCUGUUAUAACUGCCUACUACAAGUGUUAUGUCACACAAAAUCCCCCACUGUUAGGAAUCACUGUUGAAUCUAAAUUCUGCAUGAGGCUUUUCCUCUCCGUAGCCCAAAUGUUUUCUUUUGGUUGAUGAGCUCUCUGGAUAGAUUUUUCAUGGUUCACAUUAAGACUUUCUUGUAGGAGGCCAGAGGAGCCUGUGCUGUGGAGGGGCUCAUAGCAGUCGCAGCUGGCUGCUUGGGUUCAGGCACCUGGGCUCUCCACAAGUGCUGGACUGCUAUUUUUGAGUUGCUCCUCAUCCAAGCUUUGUUGAUCUCAGAUUUAUUGUGUUUUACAAGACAGAUUGUCAGAGAACAAGUUCUUUAUCAGGCCCAUUUCUAAACAGGAAGUGUUUUCCUGGUGUAACCGAAGGACUCUACAUGUGUGCUGUUCCAGAGACUUAAAAUCUCAGUCUCUGCUCAGUUGUGUUAUUUCCCUCAAUUUCCCUGGAAUUUAGGUGCACUUAGUACAGAAAAAAUCAUGAACUUCUGUCCAGAGAAAUUGCUGUGAGGAUCUGGGUCUUGCUUGGUGUUCUUCCCUUGUAGAAGUGGAUGUGUGUGUGGGAAAUGGGACCAAAUGGCUGUCACUUCCCAUGUGAAAAAUGUCUAGAAGCUGGAUAUAGCCUAGAACUGUUUUUUCAGUUGCUGUGUUACGAUGCCUUCUCCAUUUAGUCUGUAAUCUCAAAGCAUUUCCUCAUAAUCGUGAGGAUAUUACGGCAAUUCCUAUUAGUAACGGGAUUUAAAAACCUUCCCUUCCCUUACAGCUUAUUCAGAGGAUAGUAGGUGUACUGAAUUGAACAAAUGUGGUUUUUUUGUACCUAGGCCAACAUAGUUGAUGGACAUUACCAAAACAUGGAAGACAACUGCCACUGAUUAAUUUAUUGUUGUUUUCCAAACACUUCUCUGGAGCACCUAAUUCCAUUAACUUUGAGUUAGGCACCUAAGUUGAGCGCCUGAAUUUUCAGAGUAAAGCAUUCCUUACUACUUUAAUUAGAUAAAUGAUAGUGCUCACUAAAUUUAGUUAUGGCUAAAUGAGAAAAGUUCAGGUACCAAAGGUCUCCUUUGUAGUCCAGCACCUCAUUCUUUAUCACAGUCAGUUUAUCUCCUACAGUAAAGGAACUGAAGGUUUCCCGGGGAAAAAAAAGGUAUGUGGGCACGUAAGAAAACCUUCUCUUCUUUCCUAUUUUAUAGAAUGUGGAUUUGCAACCUUAAUAGCAUUUUUAAACAAAAUAUCUCAUUGCAGAAAUUCCAUCAUAUCAUGUCAUCCUGACAGAGACCAUGGGAAUGCAUCUCCACCAGAUCAGCUGUGCUGUGCAGCUACAAUGUAGGUGCAUUUAGGACUAUCUUGAGAACAUGCAAGCAAGAGCUGAACCGUGUUUGUUUGUUCUGAAGGGACGGUGUGUAUAUGGCCUGGUCAUACUCGAUAUUUAGAUAAUACCUCCAUUUGGAAAGAACUGAACUUUUUGGUAAAAAAGAAAUUGAAUGGUUAAAAUUUGCAGAGUUGUGUUUUACAUCUUAAAAUAAGUAAUGUGAACAAUUAUAUAUUCUUGGGUGCAGGAUAUUAAAAUUUAUAUUGUAAGAGCAGCAUAUAUACCAUAAAAUCUACUGCCUCGAAGCUUAACAGAUUGGAAAAAAAUUAGGAAUAUCAAAAGGGAUGUUGAGUAUUUUCAGAUUUUACCUAAGAAAUGAUUUUUUACUGAUUUUUAAGGAUGUUGGUAGUAUGGAAGAUUUACACAAUCAAGUGAACGUUGCCAGGGGUGCAGACAUUUUCAAAAUAGUCUUAAUUGCCAGAUAAUAUCUCAAAGCCAAAACGCCUUUAUAGGAAAAUACAGUAAUUCCCAUCAACCUGCUUUAACUCAUGAACUGUAAAGACAAUGAGUGGGGACUGGCAAGGCUUUGUAUUUCCUGAUCAAAUUUUUUUUUUUUUUUUUGAGAGGGCAGUUCAUUAAAGUCUUAGAAUCAGAUCAGGACAGUAAAGCAGCAGGACAGGUCUAAGCAGGUUUCAUGCUGUUGCAACCUGUACUUUGAAAACUAUUGCUUGUGAUGUCAGGAAAAAAAAAGAUGCACUAAUCAAACAGAGAAAUUCUAGAGAAAUUCUCUUAAGCAUUAUUCAUAUUUUACCUGAAAAAAAAUCUGAAAUAAUUUUGAAGUAUGUUAAGAGCUUAGAUACAAUUUUGGAAGGGCAGUACUUCCUAAGCAUCUACUCUCCAGGUUUCUUAAAAGCCUGACUCAUUCUCUUUUUAUCAAAGACAGAAAAUGGGCUAGUACAGGAGAUACGCUUUGAAAGGGACCCUGAGAUGGAUUUUGUUUAAUUAAAUGAUGUCAAUACAGGUUUGACUAUAUAAUUUUUUUUUGUUUCUACAUAUAGCUAUUGAUGUGGGAGUUUCUAAGAAAGUGUUUUGAUCAAUAGUCAUCUUCACCAGAACAAGUUUGGAAGUACAAAGCACUUCCAUUUUGUUAACAGUAUUUGAUCCAUGACUAAUUGCUUUUAUCCUGUGAAGCUGUGUUUCUGUAAAUGUAUCUUUAUGGUUUUAAUGAGUGUUUCUGAAGUCUAAAACUAACCCUUAUAGCUGUAUGAACAAAUUCUUCAAGAACUAGGAGAUGAGUUUAGUUCAGUGGUUCAAUUUUCCCUUUUUUUUGUGUAUUUUUAAGGCUUUUAAUUAUUACUAUAGCAUCUGAGAAACAUGAGGUACCCCACAGUGAAAAUGAGAAUACAGAUUCUUAUUGCAAGUUAAGUUACAUCAAGUUCUAGUCUGGGAUGUAACAGUGGUCAGUUUGCACAGGCUUCACAGCUGCUUGAAAGCUUAAUUUCAGCGACUGAGAUUUACAAACAGGGCAUAGGGGCUGUAAGGAGAUGAGAUAUAUUAAAGUGAAUCUUUUAUCAUUUAGCAUCAGUAGCUGAGGUUUUGAAAAACAGGAAACUCUUUCAGGGUGAAGACUCCAAAAGCACCUACUGUUCUUUAGUGUAAUUGUGUGAACUGCCUAUGUUUCUGUAACCACAGUUUUCUGUAACAUAGUUGGGAUUUAUUGUUUUGAAUGGAAGGCCCUACCUCCCUCUGCUCCCCAAAAUGCUGUGUAUAAAAAAAUUUAGAGGGAAAUUUCCAGUGACCUAUUGCAUUGUUUUAACAUUACUUUUCCUAGCAAAGGCUGGUUGUCUUGGCAGUCAUUCAUAAUUUUGAAGUCCUUCCUAAGGAAGAUAAGGCUCCAUCCUCUUUGCAUUGGUCCAAAAGAAUCAAAAUGCAAUGGCUAGUGCUAAUUCUUGAGAAUAACGUUCUGAAAUUAUUGCAAAUAAAGAACUUGCAGUGACUGAUGGAUGGCAACAUUUACAAGGCCCACAUUAAGAAAAUCUCAUGGAUGUUUGUAAGGCCAACUCACUCUGGUCACAUAUUUCUCUGUAGAGAAGCAAAUAAAAAAAUAUUAGUGCCUCUCAACUGCCUUAAUUUUUUUUUCCCAAAGUAAUGCUAUGUCUCUGAUUAUUAUUGUUAUUGUUGCUAUUGUUAUUGUUGUUAUUAUUAACUCUGAUGCUUUACUACAUAAAAAUGUUGCUAGACAUUUAUAAAAAUAUGACUAAAAUAUAAAAUAAAAAAAAUCUAGACUAAUAUGAUAAGAAAGUAGAUGUAUUACACAGGUAAAAAAAGUCAUCCAGGAUAUUGAAAGCAAUUGUGUACUUGCAUCAGGGAGAUUAGUUCUGUGUUCUGUUGGAGAACUCACAUGACAGUUAUGUCAAAAUCAAACAAGAUAUGGGUAUUUACUGGCUUUUAACUAGAAAUAUUUUUCAACCAUUUUUUAAAGGAAACUGAAAUUGAGAUUGAUUUCUCCAUUUGCUUGUAUGUGUAUUUUAUGUGAACAUAGUACUUUUGAAGAUAGAUGUAAUUCAACAUGUAGAUACAUUCAACAUUUGAGCUACCUAGAAGAAUUCCAAUAGAACUUGGAAUAUUGUAUUGGUUUUUUCUCCCUUUGCUACUACAGUUAAGUUUUUAGCAUUCCUGCAUAGGUCAUUCAGAGUGAAUGUUUUUCAUCACAGUUUGAAUAGCAGCACACAUUUCCUUUGAGCUUAGUAGACAAGUCAAAUGGCAGUUUCCAUCAGAAACAGUAAGUCCUUGGCCUUCACUUGUAUAUGUACAAACAACUUGGUGAUACUGGCAUUCACCAGCAAAGUGAGAAAAACAUUUAUAAAUGAACAUAAAUGAACAUUUAUAAAUGAACAUUAAAUUACCUGAGAUAGUUUAAGAUAUAAAUUCCCUGUCUUAUGUAGAAUGGGACUAAUAAGUUCAUUGUUGAAAUGAGUCUUCUCGUUAUGGAGUUUCUUCAAACUUACAAAAUAGAUGCAGAUAUAGUACUUUUGUGGCAUUGGGAAACAAAUUUUUGUUUUAUAUAUCUUUACUAAAAGAUAGAUUAUAGAAGACAUUUUCAGGAGUAGUCUGCAGUAUAUACAUAAAUCACUAAGUAAAAACUUUUUAGAAAAAGAAUUAUAAUAUGUUGAGAAUCAGAUGUGUAUUUUCUCCUUUACUUAGUCUAUUUGUCAUGUAGAUAUUAAUAACUUGCUAUAUUGAUAUGUCUGCAUACGUUUUGCAGAGCACAGAGCAUUUAUGUGUUUUAAGUAUAGGCCAUAAAGUUUUGUGUUGUAAGGAGUUUUAAAAUGUAACUGGGACAGAAUAUCCUUUCAAAGGGACAUAACCAAAUGGGGUUAAACUGCAGAUAUAAACACUGCAAUAUAGGAUAUCUGUAGGUGUCUAUAUGUCAACUCACACAGUGAAGGUCAGUAAAACUGGUCUAAUUCCUACAGCUGGGUGGAAUGUGUAAAAAGUAAAAAAAUCAGUUUUUUACAUGGCAGUGAUUCUAGACCAUCGUUAACCCUAAAUUCCGUUUUAUAAAAUAUUUUUUCUUCUGUCUUUCUAUAACUUGUUUUGAUUAAAAGUCAAAUAUAAAGGCCACAGACUAAAUACAAGCAAUUCCAGUGUUAUAAAUAGCACAGCAUAAUGAAAUGAGGAGGAUUACUUUCCUUAGCUGAAGACUAGCAAGAACUGUGCUUUAGUAAGUGAGAAUUCCUCUCAUUUCCAGUCAAAUGUUUCACAUUUCCUUGAAUUAAGUAGGUUUUGAUUUCUCAAACUGAUACUGUCUGAUUAUAUGAUAAUUUGUAGCUGGGAAGCUUUCAGGAAGUUUCUUGCUGUUUUCAGAGAUAAAAUGCUCAAAUUACACAAAUUUAUGUGCUUGAGUAUUUACCAAACUUUUUAUGCAAAUGUUCAUUCUGCAUCUGGUUUUGACUUUAAAAAAAAUUGUGGUUUUUCACUGUUGAAGGAAUAAUCUUUGGAGUAAAGCAAACCAAGCUGAAGAAGGAAGUUAUACCUCAAGUAAGGGGACAUAAUAUUCUCAGCAAAUACGACAUUAUUUAAAACAGUGCAUGAUGAACUUGGCCCGUUAUGUGCAGUCUUCAUCUUCCGCUCAAGGAACUGCUGGUGACUGUAGCUGUGAGUUAGACAUUGGACUUACAGUAAGUGUUGCUGAUGUGGCAAAUGAUCUGAUCCUCAGGCAGAUUUUGCCAGAGUAUGCUCUAGUCUUGCACUUCUGCCCUGAGAAUGAUGGGUAUCUUUGUCCAGGUGGCCAAUAUUGUCAGGACAAUAAAUCGAUGUUCUUUCUUCUCUGGCCGGGAGGAAGUGUGGAGGAGGGAAGAUGGUCUUCCUUCCAGAGGAUAUUUGCCUUUGCCAUAGUGAUAGAAAAAGCUGAUGAAAAAAAAAGGCAAAACAGAAGGGUCAGAAAACUUAUGGCAAAGGAAAAAACAAUGAGAAUAUUGUAUAUGUCAGGACUCUGGUUGCCAUUUCGUAAACAACCUUCUUCCUAUUUUUGUAUAUUUUACUUGGAUAUCCUGUUUCUUUCUUUAUCCCUUGUGUGACACUGGGAUUCUGUGAAGGACUGAAGCCAUAGAAAGUUUUCAUCUAUGGUUUAUUUGUGGAGAUUUUCCUGCUAAAAUUGAGAAAUGUUUAAAGAGUGAUAAUAGAUGUUACUAAAAUGGUAAAUGCCAACUUUCUUCCCGGAGAAGAAUGGAAAGAAAAUCAACAGAAAAUAGUGAUUUUUACUAUAUGCAUCAGAGAUUUACUAUUUCAUAUAUUUAAUUUGAAACAUCUUUGCAUUUUGAGAUCAGUUUUGACAUGAUCUUUAAGUUGUGUUGCAAAGCCAACUUCUGCUCUUUAGGUAAAGAUACUCUUUCUGAUAAAAUUUGCAAAUUUUUGUACUAUGGCAAAGAGCCUUCUGAGCUACAGCCAAGCUUGGUGCUUCAGCCCUGGGCUGAGUGGUGCAGCAUAGCAGGAGCUCAUCUAUAAAGUAUCUAAGAAUCAUAUUCCUCGUGACUUCAGUUACACCAAUCCUUGUUAGCAAAGUCACUUUUUAGCCUUUGAGUCAUUCCAAUUUGCAGCAGUAGUAAAUGAGGUGCUUUCAAUGUUAAGAAAGGUAAGACCUUACACAGCUGAAGAGAACAAUGCAAUGUCUAAUAGUAUAUCUAGAAGAUUCUCUGUUCGAGUCCGUUGGGCUUUAGACUAAGCCAGAAUGAAAACUUAAGUAAGAAGGGAACAUGAUUAAUUUAAGGAAAAUUUUAGAGGCAGGUGCCAACAGGCAGCUUUGUAACAGUUGUACUGCCAAGUCACCGGUUGGUGAGGCAGCCAAAACAGGGUGACAGGACUGUGAGAUGGCCUGGGAGUAAUGCGUUAGCAGCAGUUGGCAGGUUGUACAAUUCAAAAGUUUGACAGAGUCUCUGUGCAAAAUUGGGAUGCUCAGAAGAGCUCAUUUGAUAAAGUUCAGUGGCAUUCUAGAUUCAGGAAUGACUGAGAUGAUUAUUUUGCAGUUGCAUGGAGAAAAAGAUUUUGUAGUAGUAGUGCAGAGGAGAGGCGUAUAAAGCAGCAGAGUUGGUUUUAGAUUGGCAGAACAGAGCAGGUGAUUCCUGAGUUCUAACUGAACUAGUGUUAGUUAAUACUGUGAAUUUCUGUUUUUCUGUGUUGUUUAGAAUAAGAUUUUGAAAGGCUACAAGCUUUAGAAAUACAUGUCAGUAAAUUUGUAUUUCCAAAGCUCUUAGAUAUUUCUUUCCAUUUACUCAUAUGAUUUUUCUUGUAUUGAAUUAUGCUCUCAAAAACACAGAUUCAGUGCAAAGAGGCCAUCUCUCUCUGAGUCCCUGUGUAAGGAACUUGUAUGACUUGUGCUUCCACCAUUCUCAAGCUUUUAUCUUUUAAUCUGCUUUUGGCCAGUUUCAGAGAUGAGAUUCUGGCUUGAAAAAAUUCUGACUGGUUGCAAGUGUUUAUAUAUUCUGAUAAAAAUCUAAGUUUGAUUUACCAAAGCCUUAGUGGAGUGUCAAAGCCUGGAUACAUUAUCUGUCCAUCUCUGCCUCCCUAUAACAACUACACUGAUGAGCACAUUCAAACAGGAUUUGAAUUGUGAAACGCUGGAGAUGGGAGUGAGAUCUAGAGAACUAGCUAGUGUCUGGCCUACUUUCCAUGAUUCUUAUCAGGAUUCAGUGGAAUAUUGAAUUGACUGGAAAAACCCUCUUCCUCUUGCAAAAGUAGACCUUUAUGUCAAAAUUUUUGGGGUAGAGUUGCCUUUCUUUUAAUAUAUGAUGGAAAAGAUAAAAAGCAAAGAGUUCAGAACAUAAGGGAGAAAGAGCAGCAGCAGAACUUAUGUAUGAAAAAGUUUCCUUUCGGUGUAAGAAGGUAAAAAGUGUAACCUCCAAUACAAAAUAUUUAAUGUGUUUUGUAGUAUAUGUAAAUAAGAAUAAGAGAAUAAAAAUAUUCUCUAUAAUAGUUUUUCUGCUGUAUGUGGUAGCACUCUUUGUUCUUUUAUUUCAGCUACUUGAUAAGACAAACCAGUUUUACUAAAUUAUGUGAGAUGUUGAAGACAAUACUAUUUAAUAACAUUUCCAGAAUUUUAUUUAAUAUCUAUUUCCUUUUUCCAUUUUUUCCAUUUUUUUGUUCUUUUAUCUACUUACAUUAUUUACUGUGUUUUGUGGAGCAACUCUAAGUGAUUCCUGGUUUGUCAGGAAAGAUUUUAAGUUUUAGCAUAAGAACAACUUAUGGUGUUUGAAAGCAUUUGUUUUACUAUUCUUUCGAAUAGCCUCUCAUUAUGUGAACCCUGGAAAUUUAACAAAGAAAUUAGUGCCAGGGCUUACAUUCACACAUACCUUGAGUAGUAAGUUUCUCAGAGAAGAGCCUGUAGAAUUUAUUUCUAUGUAAAGCACUAUUAUAUUGACAAUGGUAGAUUUCAUUUCUCUUUAACAGCAAGAUCUUAAGGCUGCCUCGGGCUCCUGGGUAAUUCCUGCAUAUUCCUAUGGGAAGCACAAAGCUGCUGUCACUGUUCCUGAACACUUCUGUGUGUUGUAAACCCAGAUGUGACAAUACAGCCUAUACUUGCUUUCACUCCAUGCUCUUGACAUUCCAUGUGCUUGAGGGAGCUCUCUGAAUAAUGUAAACAUUUCUCUUUUGAGACACAGGGAGCAAUCACAGCCAAGAUGAAACUGAAAGCUCUCAGUCCCAUAUUGAGUUAGGCGUGUGUUGUGUUUAACCUUCAGUGACCUUAAGGAGUUACCCUGAAAUUGUUGCAAUUGUAAGUUGUUGUGACUUGGUUAUCAUGAGAUUACCAAGAAGUCACAGAUGAUUUCUUGCUUGGUUUCAUGUCCCUAUUUCUGCUAAUUAGAUCAUGACAGGAUUUCCAGUUAUUCACAGUGGUUUGCUUCACAGCUGUGUGCCAGAAGAGUGCUAUUCACAGUCUAAUAGAUAAUUGUGUCUGUCAGUGAAAACACUAACUUGGUUGUCUGAGUUUUUGUCUUAGUUUUCCAUCUAAGAAAGCUUCGGAAGGAUAAACCGAAUCCUAAAUGGAGUAUCGUACAAUACAAGUCCUGACAAAAACAGGUGAACACCAUAAUAUGAAAUGCAUUCAUUGAAAUGAUAAAUUUUAUUAAGAAGAAUAAGAAAAUAAAAGAUCGAGGUACCAAGUCACCGUGCUACUUGAUAUUCUGCAUAGAGAAAGAUGUUACAGAGGGACAUACAUGUACCUCAUGACUGAAGAACAGGAAGGAGAUGGGAAAUAGGGACGUGACUGAUCCACAGGUGCAUUGGAGAGUGACUGCUGUUAAAGCUUUUGAAAUGGAGAUUAUACCUGCUAAUAAAAUUGUUGCCCAGAUUGGAGAAACACUCGUACUCACAUGCAAUACUACUGGCUGUGCAUCACCAAGUUUUUCCUGGAGAACACAAAUGGACAACCCCCUUGGAGGAACAGUGAACAACCAUGGGACAUACUCUACCUUGACUAUGAAUCCAGUUAGUGUUGUGAAUUCUCAUGAUUAUCUGUGUACUGUCUUCUGUGAUAAGAAAGGGAAAAAAGAGAAGAGUGUCAAAGUUGAACUUUACUCUUUCCCCAGUGAUCCUGUCAUUGAGAUCAGCCCAUCCUCAGUUGCUGGAGGAACAGUCACUGUCAUCUGUAAAAUUCCUGAUGUGUAUCCUUCUGAGCACCUGGAGCUAAUCCUAAAGAAAGAGGAACAUGUUCUUCACGAAAAACAUUUUUAUGGAGAUGACAGCACAAAUACAGAGACCAAAACCGUGACAUAUUCAUUUAUUCCCAUGGCUGAAGAUAUUGGGAAAGAGAUUAUCUGUGUGGCCAAGUUACCAGUUCCUUAUAUGGACUUUAAACCCAAAGAAAGAGUAUCUUCUCAGAAACUGAAUGCAAAUUUUGGUCCACAAAAUACUAUCAUUACUGCAUCUCCAGGCAACUCACCAAUGGAAGGAGACUCUCUAAAACUCACUUGUGUGACUGAGAGCAACCCACCACCACAAAUAGUCUGGAGAAAACAUUUGGCUGACGAAAGCAUUCAGCAUCUGAUAAAAAACAAUGUCCUUUCUAUUCCCCAUGCCCGUUUCAGUGAUUCAGGACUGUACAUCUGUGAAGUAAUUAAUCUGGUAACUAAUAGAACAGAGACUGCAACUGUGGACAUUGUUAUACAAGGUGCUCCGGUCAUUACAGAGCUCUCCAUUGCGCCUUCUACAACAGUUCAAGAAGGAGAAAAUGUUUCCAUACAAUGUUCUGCUGAGAGUAACCCUCCUCCCAAGAUUAUUUUAAGGAGAAAAUCUGACAGUGCAGACAUGGAGCCUUUCAGUGCAGGGAGCAUUCUCCUUCUUCCAUCUGUGAUGUUCCUAAAUGGAGGAGGCUAUGAAUGUGUAGCAGAAAAUAAGUUUGGGAACAGUAAAAGUGAAAUAACACUUAAUGUGGAAUAUGGACCAAAGAAUACAAUGAUCUCUGUUACCCCUGCUACUGCUGUUAAAGAAGGAGAAACUGUGGUGAUGAAAUGUACUAGUUCUGGCAAUCCAUCUCCUGUGAUCUCUUGGAAGAAAAAGAAAGCCACUGGGGAGUUUGAGAAAAUUUUUAGAAAUGCAACUUUAACUAUACAGAACUUAAAAAGUCAAGAUCUGGGGCUUUACGAAUGUGAAGCUUAUAACCAACUUGGCAAGGAGGAAAAAGCUGUGAAAUUAUUUGUUCAAGCAAGAUUGGAAAACCCAGAUCAGAUGUUACCACUGAUUAUUGCAUUCUCCUCUGUAGCAGCGGUAGCAGUACCUGUAGUUGCAAUUUUGAUCUACGUGUCAAGAAAAGCGAAGAUAAAUGGAUCCUACAGUCUUGUAAAAGCACUCAGGUUGAAAGUGUGAUCACAUGAAUAUAAGUCUUUAGUUGAUAUUAAGCAAAUUUAUUUAUUGUUGUGGCUGGUUCUACUCUUCUGGUAACAAACAAGUGACUUAAGAACAGCGCCAUUAAAAAGCCAUUAAAAAAAUGGCUUUUUUUCAUGUUUUGAUAAGUGUUUUGGUAUUCAAAUUAAAGGAAAAGCUAGCAUCCUCUCCUAGAAAUUGGUAAAUCACUUCUGUGUUGAAGCAUGCUGGACAAAGAGUUCUGUGGAGAACCAAGUUUGUACAUAGUGUAUAAUUUAUGUUAUAAAUAUGUUCAACUAAAUAUCAGUUUGUAAAAUUGCAGUCUUAUGUACAGAGAAAUUUUGUUAAUUCAAAGAUAUAAAUCGUCAUUGCUUGAGCUCAUCAGGUGAUAUUUUAUUUUGUAUUACUCUGCAGCAUGAAUGUUUUUAAUAUUAUUUGUCUGCUUGUGUUUGGAAAAUGUUCUGGUUUCACUGAUAUUACCAUAAAUCCUAUACCUUCAAUGAAGUUACACAA